AAUCCGCUCUUACGCGGAAGUCAGUUCUUCGACGCAGGAAUCAUCUGGUCUGGAUCGGCACAGAAAUGGAUGGAUCUGCUUCUGAAAUGCGCCCCCCUGUGGGGUGUAAAGGAAAGAGCCCUGAGAGUGUCCUGGUGAAGAGAGCAGACUCCCCUGUACCCAGCUGUGUUUCCCUGAAGAGUGACUGGUCAAUGGAGCCCCCAUUUGCCUUCAGAGAGGGACCUAUUCCUACAGAUCAAAGUGUCCUGAUGGAGAGAGCAGACUCCCCUGUACCCAGCUGUGUUUCCCUGAAGAGUGACUGGUCAAUGGGACAUCCACUCACCUUCAGAGAGGGACCUUCUCCUACAGAUCAAAGAGACCAAAUGGAAGAAUGCAGUUCAGAUCUACAUGAUAAAUCGGGUUUAUCAUCCAUAUUGAAGUCACUAGAGGAAAAUGCUGUAAAGUUCCUAAAGGAUGAGCUGAAGAAGUUUGUGAGGUACCUAGAUCAGAAUUACCCAGAAUGCACUGAGCCUCUACUGGAGGAGGACAAUGACAUGGACAGUGAUGGUCAGAUGCAGAAGACCUGUGGUAGAGAGGGAGCUCUGAAGAUCACACUGUACAUCCUGAGGACCAUGAAGCAAAAUGAUCUCGCUGACAUGCUGGAGAAGAGACAGCUCAUGCCGCAAUAUCAGCACAGAAUCAAAAGUAACUUGAAGCUGAAAUGUGAGUGUGUAUUUGAAGGGAAAGCUAAGGAAGGGCAGCCAACACUUCUCAAUGAGAUUUACACAGAACUCUACAUAACUGAAGGUGGGACUGGAGGAGUCAAUGAUGAACAUGAAGUGAGACAGAUUGAAACAGCACCCAAGAAACAGCGAACGGAAGAUACCACGGUCAAGUGCAAUGAUAUAUUUAAACCCUUAUGUGGGCGUGAGACACCUAUCAGAACUGUACUCACUAAAGGGGUGACAGGUAUCGGGAAAACAGUCUCAGUGCAGAAAUUUAUUCUAGACUGGGCAGAAGGAAAAGCAAACCAGGAUGUUCACUUCAUAUUUGCCCUUCCUUUCCGGGACCUGAAUUUGAUUCAGGAUGAAUACAGUCUGAUUGAACUGCUUCACUGUUUUGUCCCAGAACUGAAAUCGAUUGAAUCCACUGAGCUGUUUAGGUUCAAAGACUUGUUCAUCUUUGAUGGUCUGGAUGAGUGUCGCCUUCCACUAGAUUUUCAGAACAAUGAGAACUGGUUUGAUGUAACAAAGAAAAUGUCACUGGAUGUACUGUUGACUAACCUCAUUAAGGGGAAUCUGCUUCCAUCCGCUCUCCUCUGGAUAACCUCCCGGCCAGCAGCAGCCAAUCGGAUACCUCCUGAGUGCGUCCACCAGGUGACAGAGAUACGAGGGUUCAGUGAUGCCCAGAAGGAGGAGUAUUUCAGGAGGAGAUUCAGUGAUCAGAGCCUGGCCAGCAGGAUUAUCACACAUGUGAAAUCAACAAGGAGCCUCUUCAUCAUGUGCCACAUACCUGUGUUCUGCUUGAUUUCAGCCACUGUCCUUGAGAGGCUUUUUAGUGAGACUGACAGGGGAGAAAUUCCAAGGACUCUGACUCAAAUGUACACACACUUCCUGAUCUUUCAGGCAAGUUUAAAAAAUGACAAGUAUAUGAAAAACUAUGAAACCAAGCUUAAUAAAUACAGCAAGGAAUUCCUUUUGAAACUUGGUAAAUUGGCUUUUGAAAACCUUGAGAAAGGCAAUCUCAUAUUUUAUGAGCAAGAUCUGACAGAGAAUGACAUUGAUGUCAGUGAAGCUUCAGUUUACUCUGGAGUGUGCACAGAGGUCUUUAAAGAGGAAUAUGGGUUGUAUCAGGAGAAGGUGUACUGCUUUGUGCAUCUGAGCAUCCAGGAGUAUCUCGCUGCUUUAUAUGUGUUUCUAUCAAACUCAUCAGCUGACCUGCUGAAAACUGUAGUAGAUCAGGCAUUAAAGAGCAAGAAUGGACAAUUGGACCUCUACCUCCGCUUCCUCCUGGGCCUCUCAACAGACUCCAGUAAGACAUUGUUACAAAGGCUACUGGGAUUGACAGGAACCAGGUCACAUAACAUUGAGGAAACAAACCAAUAUAUGAAGUGGAAAAUACAGGAGAAUUUAUCUCCAGAAAGGACCAUCAACCUGUUUCACUGUCUGAAUGAACUGGGUGAUAAUUCUCUAGUAGAGGAAGUACAAGGAUACCUGAAUACUGGAAGACUUUCAGUACGUCACCUCUCACCUGCUCAGUGGUCAGCUCUGGCCUUUGUGUUACUGUUGUCAGAUGAGGAGCUGGAUGUGUUUGAUCUGAAGAAAUACAACGGAUCAGGUGAAGAGCACUGGAGGCUGCUGCCUGUGGUCAAGAAAUCCAGGACAGCUCUGCUGAACAGCUGUAAUCUCACAGAUAAACACUGUGAAGUGUUGUCUUCAGCACUAAGAUCAAACUCUUCACCCCUGAGAGAGCUGGAACUGAGUGACAAUGACCUGCAGGAUUCAGGAGUGAAGCUACUCUCUGCUGGACUGGGGGAUUCACACUGUAAUCUGGGGAUACUGAGGGUGGACCGGUGUGAACUCACAGAGAAAUGCUGUGAGGCGCUGGCUUCAGUUCUCAGGUCAAACUCCUCACCCCUGAGAGAGCUGGACCUGAGUGACAAUGACCUGCAGGAUUCAGGAGUGAAGCUGGUCUCUGCUGGACUGGGGGAUUCACACUGUAAACUGGGGAUACUGAGGCUGUCAGGCUGUAGAGUCACAGAGAGAGGCUGUUCUUCCCUGGCUUUAGCUCUGAGGUCAAACCCCUCACACCUGAGAGAGCUGGAUCUGAGCUACAAUCACCCAGGAGACUCAGGAGUGAAGCUGCUCUCUGCUGUACUGGAGGAUCCCAGCUGUAAACUGGAGAAGUUGAAUGUGAACCACAGUGGAGAGUGCAGGACCAGACCAGGCUUACAGAAAUACUCCUGCCAGCUGACACUGGACCCCAACACAGCACACAGAUUCCUGUCAAUGUCAGGCGGGAACAAGAAGGUGACAUGGGGGGCAGAGCAGCCAUAUCCUGAUCAUCCAGAGAGAUUUGACUGGUGGGAACAAGUUCUCUGCAGAGAGAAUCUGACUGGCCGCUGUUACUGGGAGGCUGAGUGGGAUGGAGAUCAAGCCCGGAUAGGAGAUAAUACCUUGAUAGGAGUGACUUAUAAAGGAAUCGGGAGGAAAGGAGACAGUGCUGACUGUGGGCUUGGAGAUAAUUACAAGUCAUGGAGUCUGAGCUGCUCUAGUGACAGUUACUCUGUCUGGCACAGUAUGAAACCAACUCUCAUACUCAUACGGCCCUCAGGCUCCCGCAGAGUAGGAGUGUAUCUGGACUGGGAGGCUGGUGCUCUGACCUUCUACAGAGUCUCCUCUGAUGGACUGAUCCUCCUGCGCAGGGUCAUCUCCUCAUUCACUGAACCUCUCUGUCCAGCUUUUUGGAUUUCUGAAAACUCCUCAGUGUCCCUGUGCAUGCUGGGAUAGCUCACUGUGUCCUGGAGGAAUCAUUUUUACUAUAUCACAAUGUGACAUGUUGCUUGUUCUCUUUGGUAAAUGUCUGCUUUUUAACCCAUAUAACCCUUUUUACUCUGAAAUGUAUGUUUGACAAAAAUAAAUGCCUGUGUUCAGCGAGCUGAAUAAACAUGAAAAAUAACAGUUUUUCUCUCUGACUAAAAUGUAACUAAUUGUAAUCCCGAUGAUUGGGGGGCCUUUCCCCCUCCCCUGUAUGUGUACAUGUUAUAUAUUUUUGCCUAUUUCCUGUGUUUCCUCCCUGUACAAUGACAAUAAAGGCUUU